GCGUCCUGCUGUAAAAUCUAGUCGAACGUGUGCGCGUGUGCUGUAGGAAGCCGAUUGAAAAGUAGAAAUUCACGAACAUUCGGACUCAAAAUAAAGCAGCAUGUCAGAGUCACUAAUACAGAGAAUCAAGGAGCUGGAGGCAGAGCUGGAGAAGCUCAGGUCCCAGCUGAAGGAGAACAGCGGAGCAGGAGACAUGAUGUCCAGCUCAUCAUGUCCUAAUGAAAACACCGAUGACAGCAGGUCUGACGGAGACACCAGGAGUGGUAAAAAAGACAGAAAGAAAUUUGGUAAAGAGCGCCCCUUUGACUUCACUGCACACCCCCGGCGCCAUGUAGCUCUCAGACUGACCUACCUGGGGUGGGCCUACCAGGGGUUUGCUGUCCAGGAGAACACGGACAACACGGUGGAGGCCAGGCUCUUUGAAGCACUGCUGAAGACUCGGCUGAUUCAGGACAGACAGAGCUCCAAUUACCACCGCUGUGGGCGCACUGAUAAAGGAGUCAGUGCUUUUUCCCAAGUCAUUACCAUCGACUUGCGCUCCACACAGUUUUGUGGAGGUCCAGGUGUCACCCUGCCUGAAAAUGUCCACGCCAAGUCAAAAGACUGCACCGCCGAGCUUCCGUACGUAAAGAUGCUGAACAGAGUGYUGCCGCAGGACGUUCGUAUCCUGGACUGGGCUCCAGCUGCGGAAGGUUUCAGCGCACGCUUUGACUGCAAAUCCCGCACAUACCGAUACUACUUCCCCCGAGGAUCACUGGAUGUGGCGUUGAUGGCGGAAGCUGCCAAGAGGUACGAGGGGACUCAUGACUUUCGCAACCUGUGUAAAAUGGACGUGGGGAACGGAGUCCUGCAGUUUGAGAGGACCAUUCUGUCAGCCACGAUCCAGCCUGUGCAUCGCAAACUUGAGUCCAGCACAGACCAGUAUGAUCUGUUUGUGUUUGAGAUCAAAGGGUUAGCCUUCCUUUACCACCAGGUACGCUGCAUGAUGGCAGUUCUUCUUUUGAUUGGACAAAAGCUGGAAUCUCCAGACAUAAUUGAUCAACUUAUGGAUGUUACGAAUAACCCUAGGAAGCCCCAAUACAGCAUGGCGGUGGAUUAUCCUCUGGUGCUGUACGACUGCCACUUCGAAGGCUUGAGCUGGCAGCUGGAGGCAGACGAGGUGAACCACGUUUUGUCGUCGCUGCAGCAGCACUGGACUCAGAGCGCAGUCAGAGCUCACGUUCUGCACGGGAUGAUUCGAGGUUUGGAGGAAAGAGGUGGCGUGUCUUCUAAUCAUUGCUGGCUGGUGGAAGGCAGCAGACAGAAAAACUACCGCCCGCUGUUGCAGCGACCAUGCUGUGAGAGCCUAGAGUCCAGGAUAAACCAUUUUGUGAAAAGAGGCCGACUGGAGCGUGAGGAAGGGGGAAAUGGAGGUGAAACGGUGCACAGAGGCAAAAGAUCCAAACACUCCCACGGUUCCUCCUGCCUGCUGGACACCUCUGGCACACCAAAACAAAACAGUGAUCAGAAGAUGGAACUUUAGUUGUCAUUARAAAUAUUAUUAUAAAACGGACUUACUAUAUUUUAUUUUACUUUAUGAAAAAGAAUUUUGUGUGUGUGUGUCAUUCAUGCAAGUAUUUUGCUUUGAAAUAAACACUGUUGAGGAA